AUGGCAGAUGAGGAUGCGUUGCCCAUGUCCCAGCAUGGAACAUACUUGCGCAAGCGUAAACGUGGGAUGAACGAUGCCACUGCGAUGUCGAUUAGAGAGCAAGAACACAUCCUUUAUGGUGAUCAGCUUCUGGAUUACUUCAUGACAGUAGGGGAUGCUCCGGAAGCAAGGAGGAUUCCACCUCCAGAACCUCCUGUAAACUUUCAAGUUGACCGACCUAUUGACGACUCUGGAAAUACAGCACUCCACUGGGCUUGUGCCAUGGGCGACCUGGAGAUUGUCAGAGACCUUCUAGUGAGAGGCGCUGAUGUGAAGGCUUUGUCUGUCCAUGAGGAAACGCCGCUGGUACGGGCUGUUCUGUUUACGAACAACUACGAAAAGAGGACAUUCCCGGAAUUGCUGGAGCUUCUCCUCGACACUAUCUCUUUCAGAGAUUGGUUCGGGGCUACUAUUUUCCAUCACAUUGCGGAGACGACAAGGAGUAAGGGAAAGUGGAAAAGUUCACGGUACUAUUGCGAAGUGCUACUGGAAACUUUGCGUAGUACGUGCUCCCAAGAGGAAAUUGAUUUGCUGUUGUCAUGUCAAGACUCGAAUGGGGACACUGCUGCACUUGUUGCAGCUCGCAACGGUGCAUUUCGUCUGGUUAACAUACUCCUAAUGUACUGCCCGCGAGCUGGAGAUCUAGUAAAUAAAAAGGGUGAAACGGCCGCGGGCAUCCUCGCACGGGCACACUAUCCUGAGCGGGAGAUCCCACCUCCACCAUCUUCGGUUGUCAUAGGUAAUGACCAAAUGGACGGUGACGGCGCCCGACCUACCAGCUCUGACCACCAGCUGGCCAUUCAGCCCCCCAGUGUGUCUCUCGCAACAUCUGCAUUAACAUCAAAAAUCGAAUCGAUCAUGGCAGAGGCAAACAAGAAACUCGCAGCGACAUACGGGAAUUCGCGGGCAAACCAGCCAGAGUCCGGUGAUGUUGCAAAUCCUGAAGCUCUAUACGAGCAAUUGGAGUCGGAUCGACGGAAUAUCCAAAGACAAACUAGUUCCUUGGUAGCAAAGGAAGCCGCGUCUGAGCCUGUUGAGACGCAACUUGGACGUUACGAGCAGCUGAGGAGGAGUUACGAGUCCCUCCUGGAGCAAAUCCAACAUGCUCACCUUGCAGAGCGUAUGAUGUCGAUGGCCCCACCAGUGACGGACAAGCCCAGGUCGCCUCCUUCGGCAAACAAUGACCUAGUCGCCAUCUAUCAACUAUCUCGACAACUAUGUUCAGCGCAGAAGGCCCGCCGGGCUGCCAUCAAAGACCUGAUUCAACAGACGGCGGACGCUGGCGUCAGUACUAAGUUUGAUGUGCACCGCAAACUCGUGUCUCUGGCGACCGGUCUGAAAGAGGAAGAGCUAGACCCCAUGUCUGCAGAACUGGCAGAGACCCUGGAAUUUGAGCGAAUGAAUGGGAAGGGCUCCAGCGCCGAAUCACCAGAACCAGACCGCCAGCGGCAACUAUUGCGCAAGGAAUCUACGUCCCUUGCUGUACCAUCCGGACCAACGGUGUCGGUUGACGCGUGA